GUUUUAGCGGCAGGGGGCUUUUUCUCUUCCUCCCUGGACUUGGCUUUCAGCGGGGAAGCCCCCUCCCCUCAAUUUGGGGGUGCGUGUGGGUGAAGUGAGGGGGUGCUGGAGAGGCACGCGGCUGCGCCUGGGCCCCCCCUCUCGUGCCUGUGUGCUAGGGAAGGGGGGAAGCCCCUUUAAGAGGAGGGGGCUCGGCUGUGGUUUGGGGCGACUGGAGACCCGCCCCGCCCCGCGUGGCCUUGGGCUGCCUUCCGGCCCUUCUCUCUUCCCGGGGUUUUGGCCCUUCUCUCUUCCCGGGGUUUUGGCGCGCCUGGUUCUGGGGAGCCCAGCCGGUGGGACUGGCUGCACAGGGGCUCAGGAGUUGCAAACUGAGCUGCUGGUGGUGGUGGUCGUGGUGGAGGAGCUUUGGCUUCGCUGGUGUCGUGGGAGGGGGCUCGCCCGAGCUCGGGCCUGGGAGCGUCAGUCGCCCUUUUGUCGCGUGUGGCCCGUGAGUGCGUUUCCGGGGCAUGACUUCAAGCGGGGGGGAGGCCUGUGCAGGUGUUGAACACGCGGCGUGUGUCAGUUGGGGUGCGGUGCGGGAGGGGGGGCUUAGCUGAGCGUUACGGAAGGCCGCUUGGGCAAGGAGAAAGGGAGCAAGCGUCGUCGGGAGCCCAGGGACGGCUUAGCUCUCGCUAGGGUCGUGGUGAUGUGGUCUGGCAGCUGAACUUUUGGGCGCGGGGCACUUCUAUCAGAAGGGUGACAGCCCGGAGAGGCCUGCUCAAGAAAACUAGGGAAGGAAAGUGCGUCUCUCCCUUAAAACCACCCCUUCCCCCCCCCCCUUCCUCGCUCCUGCGGAGCCAUCUCUUAUCUGCAAUGACAGGCAAAUCGGUCCGGGAUGUGGACAGGUAUCAGGCUGUCCUUGCCAACCUGCUGCUAGAAGAGGAGAACAAAUACUGUGCAGACUGUCAGGCUAAAGGGCCAAGAUGGGCCUCCUGGAAUAUUGGCGUGUUUAUCUGCAUCCGCUGUGCCGGAAUACACAGGAAUCUGGGCGUUCACAUAUCCCGAGUAAAAUCUGUCAACCUGGACCAAUGGACGCAAGAGCAGAUACAGUGCAUGCAGGAGAUGGGAAAUGGCAAAGCGAAUCGCCUCUAUGAAGCUUACCUUCCGGAGAAUUUCAGGCGACCUCAGACGGACCAAGCGGUGGAGGGCUUUAUCAGGGACAAAUACGAAAAGAAGAAGUACCUGGACAGAAGUCUCGACGUCAACGUGCUGCGGAGAGAAAAAGAUGACAAAUGGAAAAAGGAGGCAGCCUCUGAAAAAAAACUGGAACCAAUUAUUUUCGAGAAAGUGAAAAUGCCUCAGAAGAAAGAUGACUCUCAGACCAGAAAAAGUCCUUCUAGAUCUUCUGAACCUGUUAUGGACCUGCUGGGACUAGAUGUUCCUGUCUCAACUGCCCUCCCCAACGGCAGAUCCAGUAGCUGCUUAGAGAAGGACCUGGACCUAUUUGGCUCUAUGGGCUCUGACAGGAAGGUUGUUGGCUCAAUGCCCACAGCUGGAAGUGCUGGAUCUGUUCCCGAAAACCUGAACCUUUUCCCUGAGCCUGGAAGCAAGGGCGAAGAGGUGGGGAAGAAGCAACUCUCUAAGGAUUCUAUCCUCUCCUUGUAUGGCUCCCAGACACCACAAAUACCUGCACAAGGAGCUGUCUUCAUAGCCCCAACCCAGAUGGGGUACCCGGCAGCAUACCCCAGCUUCCCAGGCAUGGCACCACCCAGCGGCAUGAUGGGCGGCAUGAUGGCACCACCGGUUGGGGUGAUGGCACAGCCGGGAGCAGCUGGCAUGGUGGCCCCCAUGGCAAUCCCAGCGGGUUAUGUAGGCGGCAUGCAGACGGCUGUCAUCGGAGUUCCCAACGGGAUGAUGGCACCGCAGCAGGCCGGGUAUGUGGCGGGCAUGGCCCCCGUCCCUCCGCCUGUGUAUGGUGUGCAACCAGCCCAGCAGCUGCAGUGGAAUAUUGCUCAGAUGACGCAGCAGAUGGCUGGCAUGAACUUCUACGGCACAAAUGGGAUGAUGGGGUAUGGACAGUCCAUGGGCAGAGGAGGAACUCAAGGAAGCAACCAAACCCUCAGUUCUCAGGUGUGGAAAUAGCGCACCCGGACUCGGACCAUUUCCACCUUUCUUGCUUCUCUUCUCUUGUGUUUUUGCUUUUUGUUUUUUGUUCCUGUAUUAAAAGUUGCUCCCUGAGGUUAUUUUAAGGUUUCAAUUUCCUUUGUGGGGGUCUCGGCCAGACCUUCCUUGUAUGUAACGGAGACACACACACACCCCCGCUGCCACUUCCCCACUCCACAUCCAAGACACAAAUGGAGUUGGAGUCUUCACUAUCUUGGCUCACUAAAAUAUGCACACUUUGCAGCGGGUGGGGGUGGGGGGGCAAUGUGAGGUGGCAGCUGGGCUUUCUGGUGGGAUUUAGCCAUAACAAAUAGGCCUUGUCCUGGGCCUUUGGAAAGGGUUGUGAUGGCUGAGGUAACUCUUGACUUCACAUCUUGAGUCAUAGCUACAACUGAAGGAACUCUAUUUUUUUUUUUUACCCAUUAGAACAGAAAAUACUGAAAAUAUGAGUUCUCACCUGAUGUUAGGUAGGUUUUCUUCCUUUCUUCCCCCACCCUUUUCUUUUCACUGACACAUCCUAUUCUUUUAUUCCUGUGGAGGUUUCCAGAAUUAGUUCCAUCUUUCAUGAGCUUGAAAUCUUCUUCCCUUGGAGAUGGUGGGAUUCCCACAAGACUGGAGCACAAAUUCUUGUAUUCUGGAACUGGGGUGAGGUGGAGAUUCCGCCUCUUAGGAGCAACCGCUGCUUCUGUCUAACCUGUGGUGUUGACAUGUUUAAACAAGCCUUCCUCUUCUUCUCCUCUCUCCCCCCGCCUUUUUUCUUUCUUUCACAUUUAAUGACCUAGUUGAUCAAGAGCCAAGAUUCUGUGGCAAGUUUUUCCUUGCACUUUUUUGCACUUUUUUCUGUGUACUUCCCCCUCCUCCACGCACAUGCGUGCACACUUGCCAGCAUGAAGGUUUUAGUGGUGGAGAACAAAUCACAGGACCGGGGCAGCCUGGCUCUCUUUCCUCGUUUCCGCCACUUCACGGGAAAGAAUAUCCCACCUGCCGUUUUGAAAGACUUUGUCAGCAUACAUGAAAGCUGGGCAUCUACUGUCUACUUUACCUUGUGUAUAUGUAAAUUCCUUAAUAAAACUAUUGCAGUGAAACAUU